AUGACCAGGGCUAGCACCAGACAUAGCCUCAGAUAUGCCUCGACGGAAUCGAAACCCGAGUUGGCAGAGGGAGUAGAGGAGAAAAGCACAACGACGUCCAAGAUCCUACAAAAACUCCCCAAGCUGCCCAGUCCGACCAGACACGAAAACAUCUACACACUGCCCAACUUCCUCACCUUCACACGGCUCCUGGCCGCCCCAGCGGUAGGAUACUGCAUCCUGCACUCACAGCCGGUGGCGGCGAUCGCACUGUUCUUCUACGCGGGGGUGACGGACGCGGUCGACGGGUAUCUGGCGCGGAAGUACCACUCGGAGACGGUGGUCGGGACGGUGAUCGACCCGAUGGCGGACAAAGCGCUGAUGACCAUCACGGUGGUGUGCCUGACGAUCGAAUCGAUCCUGCCACUGUGGCUGAGCGUGGUGAUCCUCGGGCGCGACGUCGCCCUCGCCAUCUCCGCCAUCUACUUCCGCUGGAUCAGCCUGCCGCCCCCCAAGACUUUCGCCCGCUACUGGGACUUCAGCCUGCCGAGCGCCGAGGUGCGUCCCACGGAGAUCAGUAAGAUCAACACGCUGCUGCAGCUGUUGCUCGUCGGGAAUGCCAUGUUGUUGCCCGUGUUGCCGGAGGCGUUGGUUGUCGCGGGGAACUUAACCGGGGUGUUUGAGGGCUGGUGUUAUUUGGUCGCCGGCACGACGCUGUGGAGCGGUUUGAGUUAUGUGGGGAAUCGGGAUGCCGUCAAGAUCUUGAGCCGUGAGGAGGGUGAGGAGAGGAAGCGGAAGUUGGUGGAAGGCGCGGCCAAAGGCUGA